GUGGGUUCUAUGCAUGCGUACUGCGAAAGCUAUAACCAUGAACAACUCAUGAAGAUUAUCCAGUCUAGGCUGGAGUGUGUGCCCGGAAGCAUCGUGGAGGCGGACGCUAUUCAGUUCGCCAGCCGGAAAGUGGCUGCAGUAAGCGGCGAUGCAAGAAGAGCCCUGGACAUCUGUAGACGAGCUGUAGAGCUCGCCGAAGGCGACUCCCGCUUUGAGAAACUUGCAGGCGACCCUGAGGCACGACGACCAAACCCGAGUAACGGCAGACCAUCAGAUGCACCAGUCAAAGUUACUAUCGCCACGAUCAAACGUGCCAUCAACGAGGCCACGACCAACCCUGUCCAACAAUACCUUCGGUCUCUACCUUUCGGACCCAAACUAUUCCUGUGCUCAUUACUAGUCAGAAUGCAAAGAAGCGGCGCGGCUGAGACGACAUUUGGCGACGUAGUCGACGAAAUACACCGCAUCAUCAAGUUGGACUCGACGGCUCUCGAAUCCACUCCCCUUGGGGCCCUAUCAACGGGGCCAUCAGGAGGCGAUGUCGGCCAAGGCAAUGGUAGUAUCCGAGUAGUCCAGUCUCUGGCACUUCCUCAGGCGGCACUUGAACUAAUGGGCGCUGGCAUCAUUGUACUAGAAGCACAUAAACCAGAACGACCAAGCAAGGCGCGUCUUGCUGUGGGUGAUGAGGAGGUCAAGAUGGCGUUUCGAGAUGACGGAGAAGUCAAAGCCCUGGGGCUGUUUUUCUAG